CUUCCCACCACCUCCACCCCUCGCCCUGCACCGCAGCCGCUGCACAGAAGCACUGCUCGGCAUGCCGGCAUCGCCUUCUUCUCAUGCGCCCGAGUCCGAGCUCGGCGCUGCAGAUGUCGCCGCUGUAGCGCCGUCCGAUGCUGCUCCGGCCAAGUCCAGCUCGCCGCCAGCCGCGCCAGCCACGUCCAGCUCGCAGGCACCGCAGUCGCCGCCAGCAGCAGCUGCAUCGCAAGGCUCGCCAGCCACGUCUCCUGCGCCGGCAGAUGUCACGGUCUCUGCAGCGGCCUCGCCAAAGCAGCCCUCACGCGGCGGCAAGGUGCCGACAGCGCCGCGAGCCAUGCGCAAGCAGCAAGGCGCUGCUGGGCCGAGCACUUUGCAAAGCAGCAACGUCACACCUGCACAGAGCGCUGCCGCAGAGCCAGCUGCAGCUCCUGCUGACGGCAAUGCCGCAGCGCUUGUGCCCGUCAGCGCUGAGCGGCCGAAGCAGCCAUCAUACCUGAACCGCACACGCCACACGACCGGUGGGCCUGCGCACACCCGUCUGUCGCCCGAAGAGCUCGAGGCAAAGAUGGCACGUGCUCGGCUGGCCAACGAGCAGAUCAUGCGGCGCCGCGAGGCCGUCGACGAGGACACGCGCGCCUACAGCGAGCGCACGAAGAAGGAGGACGAGCGGCGUCAGCAGGAGCGCGCCAGGGAGGAGGAAGCCAAGCGUGAAAAGAAGGCGCGCGAGGAAGAGGAGAGGAAGAAUGCGCGAGAGAAGGAGGAGAGAGAUCGAGCAAAGCUGGCUGCCAUUACCUCGGAGCGAGAGGCGAAUGCAGCACGCAAGCUCGAGCGCUCCGGACGGCGCGACUGGGACGCCGAGAAGGCCGACGAGCUGUGGAAGACCAACUACAAGGCGUACGCGCAUGCCGAGAGCAGCGAGGGCUACGGCUCGGGCGCGCGUGGCAGCGGUCGCGGCAGAGGCGAUGGCCGAGGGCGUGGAGCAGACAGAGGCGGCCGAGGACGAGGCCGAGGAGCGGCGCCGCCUCAGGUGCCCGUGCAGCUCGCCAGCAAGACGGAGUUCCCGGCGCUGGGCAAGUAGUCGUCUCGACACACGCAAAAGGCGCCGGGCGAGCAGCAGCAGCGCCGUGGGCGUUUCUCUCUCUCUCUCAAUGCGACAGUGAGAUCUCAUGUCAAUGACGGCCAUGCGCCUUG